GCUGUAUAUACUCACAACAGCGACUUGCAGACUAUUUUAAACGCAACAACUCCAGGCGUUUUUAGUUUUAAUGAAGCGAGCUUCACAACGUGCCCUACUUCAUACAAUACAAGGAACAUACACAGGCAUUCAGCGAUCACUGUAAAAAAGUAAACCAACUAGAACAGCCUUGAGGUAGAAAAAAAAUCUGAAAACUGGAUUAGUGGGAAAAGAAUAUGUACCGUUUUAAAUCGUAAACACAAUGGAUAAUAACACGAGGACCACGUCUGAUGAAGAGGCAUUGAUUGGAGAAGUCCAAAGAGGAGAUAGCGAGGACAAUGCAUCCCAAGAAGACGUUGACCUGGUUCAAAUGCAUCUCACGUGUUUACCGGAGAGGUACAUGCACGCGAAGUUUACUUUAUCGGCAUACCUGCUGUGUUGGAUGAUACUCCAGCUAUGCAAGAGGGUGUUUUUGAGAUGCUCGCCUACUUGUCAUCAGGCCACAGAAACAGAAGACCCUGCAAGUGAAACUGAUUUCAUAGAAGAUCGGGAUUCCGGCCCUAGCCCAGAGGAAACACUGCAAACAAAGGAAUCAAGUGAUACUGCUACUGAACCUGCACACGAAGCAACAGAGGAGUAUUUUGACCCACAGUCAUGGGACAGUGACACUCUUUCUGACACAAGCCCAGAUGGCUAUGAAGACUCUGCAGUAACAGAGUCCAGGGCUGAUGAGAACAGAACAGACUGCCAACUGGAAAUCAAAUCCGAACUGAACGAUAUCAGCUUGGGUUCAGCCGAAGGUUCAUCGAAUACACAUCGAAAGGCUUGUGAUGUUAUUCCUGUUCUUCAACACCUACAUGAAAAGGAUUACAAAUCUGACUCAGAACUGGUUUCUGUGGAGCAAGAUUUAGAAUCAGCAUGCGAAAGGCAAGAUGAAAAUCCUCUUCUGUCAGAACCAGAAGUGACUGGUGCUACUUCUGUGGCACAAACGGAACAAUCACUUGUUAUUUUGAAUACAGAAACACCACUAAAGGAAGCUGGAAUUUCCAUCUUUGUAGACACCAUAUCAGGUCAGGGUGUUACUAAAGCAAGUCAGGUACUGAACUUUACAAAUAAGAAGUUAAAAUCAAACAAACUUCACCCUGAAGCAAAUCCAGCAUCAGCUGAACAUAACGUAGUACCUGACGAGCCAGAGCCUGCAGCAGGAUCCACUGCCGAUCUAAGUAGUCCUGUUGCAAUUUUAGGGACAACUGACUCCCCUGCAGCACAGGAUGAAGUAGAACACCAUUUUUAUACUUUUAUAGAUUAUACAGAAGAAAGACCUUUGUAUUCUGAGACAAGUUCAGAGAUACGCACAAUUGUUGCUGAGCUACUAGAAUCUUUGAGUCAGGUGGAAUCUGAACUGAAUCAGGAUGCACCUGGAAUAGAGGACAGUCAGAUUUGUUUAGAGACUCAAUCAAAGCCAGAAGAUGAUGGUUCAGAUUCAAAUUCAGGGGUGGAGGAACGAACUUCUGAUGGUACUGCAGAACAGCAUUGUGUAGAGUCUUCUGAUGCAAACUGUGAGAACGUUUGUGCAGGUUUGCCUGAAUCUGGUCUGCCUGAACUGAAGGUACAGUUAAAUGGUUCAUCUUCUGAAUCUGAAAGUUUUUGUGUCCUGCAAGAAAUAUGUCCUGAAGGGAGCAGUACAGGGCAAGGGACUAGCUCAGAGACAUUGGAGAUCCCACCAGAUGUGACAACAACCAUUUCAACAAAUUCAGCAGAACUAAAUGAACCCUGCCCUGUAGCCAAUUCAAAUGUAAUUCAGGCUGAUUUGGAGGUAAAUUUUGAUCAAAGCCUGGACCAUACUUCAGAUGGAAAAUCUGGAAUAGAUGAAGUAAAGACUAAAACAGCUGUGGAAUCUAAUAAUUUGCAAGAAUGUGAAACGGGCACUGAAACUGACAUUUUUCAGAGAGAAAGUUUAAAAGACAAUAACUCAGUCUUAAGUGAAAUUCCACUUAAGACAAUACAAAUAACAGUGAGCACAAGUGCACAAUUUAAUAGCGUUUCUGAGGAAACUUAUUUUGAGAAUAACACCACCCCCCCUGAACCCCAAUCAGACAGUAAUAACAAUACAGAAACAUACAAUGCUGACCACCCUAUAAGAACAGAGGUAGACCAGGUACUAGUUGGAAUCUGUAGUGAUCAUGCUUGUCAAUUAACUGAAGAGCCGCCGGAUUUUUUGUCAGAGGAAGCAGUUAGAAUUCACUUUAAGGAUAAUCUUAGAGAAAAUCAUUGCCAUUUGCAAGCAGAUAUAAAUUAUAUUGUCAUUAUUAAUAAUCAGGAAAAACAAGUGAGUUCUCCCAGUUGUUCAGAAUUCAAGCCAAGCAUUGCAGAUGUAGAGGAGACCCCAAGCAACCUAGACUAUGAACCAAAUUGGAGCAGCAAUGAGUUGGUUUCAGGGACAAGUGAUGAAGAUCUAGAAUCUGAUCACGCUUGUAUUAAAACUGCUCCCCAGAUUGAAACUUCUGUCACAAAUGAAUUCAAGACCUCUCAGAAGGAGAGUGUGGUCAGCAGUGUGUGUCACACAAAUGCAAGUGUAGUGACCCAGGAUGCUAGAGAUUGUACAUUGAAUACAGGGAUUGAAAACAGUAGCACUGGUUCUGGGUGUCAUACCGACUCACAGACUAACAGAAAGUCUUCUGACAGUGCAGGUAACACAGUAGUUGUGGCAAACGGUAACACAAUUAAAGCCAGUCCAGACGUAGGUUUUAAGAAGUCUGACCACAGUGUGAGUAGCAAAUUCCUUGCCCAAAGAAAGACGAUUGUUCCAGAGAAUCCUGUUGAUACAGGACAGAGCUCCUCGGCAAGACUCUCAGAGGCAAGAGAGAUUUUAUUACAGACGGUAGAAGAGGAGGAAAACAGUAAAAAUCUUUUAAGAGAAACAGCAGUCAGUGGUCUAUCUUUUGAUGCAAAGGAAGGUUUAAAAACUACAUCAUGCAUAUUACCAGAACAAAACAGUGAAACAACUCAACUGUGUUGUGAAUCGAUCCUGUCUGCCCAUGAAAUUCCUGAAGAGGGGAGCUUAGAACCAGAAAUAAAUUAUAACUUGGGGUUGGUAAACAAUCUCCAGACCAUUCUGGUGGCAAGUUUCCCGGAUGAAAUACAACUGAAGGAUGAAUCCAGUUUAAUCAGCUGCCAGGAGACCGAUCAAGAAGUUAGUAUAGGUACAGAACUCCUACGAAGCAGGGUAACUGCUAAUGAGAAUCUGUUUACUGGCAAAACUUCAAGUGAUAAGUCAACGACUGAAAGAAAAGCAGAAACAAAAGCAUCAGGACUGAGUCAAAUUAAAGACUCUGAUCUGGCCAAUAAGCUACCAGAUACAGUUAAGGAGCAGCAGCAAAGCAUUGGCACAAGCAAACAUGAAAGCAGUGGGAAAAUGACCCCCGUCCUCAAUGGUUACAUGACUAGUGAAAGCCAACUCUGUCCCACAAUGGUAUCGCAGGAUGCUGAUGGGGUUAGUACCAACAGCGAAGAAAUGGAUGUCAAUUUCUAUACAUUCCUUGGCAGCAACAACAGCCUCCACAAAGCUGUGCAGAAACAGACGUCCAAGAGCAGCACGACUGGCAAGACCUCAAAAUCAGUUUUCUCCAAAAUGCCCUCGUUUAGGAGGAAAAAAAAACCAUCCCGAGACAACAAAGAAAAUGGUGGAAACCCUUCCAAGGACAGUACCAGCGCACCACAGGUGGAGGGCAGCAGUGAGGAAAAAGGACAAGAUAACAUGACCAAGGAUGGUGUACCCACUUAUAAAAUCCAUUAUCCUUUAUACAGGGCACAUGUAUCCUAUGGGUCAGAUCAUCUUCAGCACACUCCUAGGAGUGAAGAGCUUAUCACAGAUAAUUCUGAUGAAGAGGAUGUCUUUGAGAAGAGCAGCACACUCAAUCAGAAUAUGAGUAAAGCUUUUUUUAGUGGUAGAAUUGAAAUGGAUGACAAUGGCUUCAACCCCUCCACACCAUGGACAAAACAUGUUAGAAAGUUGUAUAACCAGAGUUCAAGCACUGUUGAUGGUGAUACUAUCAGCAGCUCUGGGGACCAGGAGACCAAAAAGUCUCAAACUGGGGAGAACGUGUGCUACAAGAGGAGCAAAAGCACAGACAGCCUCAACCUGCGCAUGAGGUUUGCUCUGGCCCACAAAUCCUUAUCAAGCUUCUUCGAGUCCAAGUCCUUGGAAAAAGAAAAUGAGGAGCACAGUUCCAAACUGGACAGUGAAGAGACCAAGUCCAAACAGAUUUCCUGGAGGAAGUUCAAGAAAGCUAAGGAAGCUGAGUUACUGAAACGUGGCGUGUCGGCCUCAGAUGCACAAAGCCCAAGGUCUCACCGGCAAAUCCACAGCGAGUAUGCCACCAGAAUAUCCAGGGACAAACAGGGAGGUAGGGCGUCUCCUGCUGUGAAGAGGGCCACCAAGUCCAGUGACAUCACCGAAGAAGCUAGCACAGUUGAAAUCCCAAGAAACCCUCUGGAAGGAAGCAAAUCAGCAGAUGGCAAAAAGAGGAAAGGACCACCCAACGGACUGACGAUUGUCUGCUCUGAUCCUAGUUUACGAAAAUCUGAAUCCUCAAAGAACGACUUGGAUGUUUCUCACCUGGAAGAUGUCAGCCCAUUGACACCAAUUAGCCCCUGCAGUCAGCAAGCACAAGCUAACCAACUAACGCCAUCUUGGUCCAGCAACCCCACGCCUUCAGGGGUAAUGGAUGUUCCCCUGAGACCCAUGAGCCCCAAACCACAGAGCCCACGCCCCGGCGCCAGCAGGCGGAGUUUCCGCUACCCUUGCAGGGCCAGUGCAGCCUCUUUGACCUCUCUUGGCAAUGGGGCCAGUUUAGAAGGGCUCACCGAUCCCCCAGAAAAGCCAAAGACAUUGAAGCCCAGAGCAGCACAACUCCUGUCUGUCCAUUCACUGGACACUGACUACCAGAAAGAAGACAGUGGUAGUAGCAGCCAGUCACAAACAAGCCUUAUCAUCUCUUCUUCAGCCAUUAACAUACAUAAAGAUGAGGACACUAUCAAAUCACCAGUCCAAACACCCGAUCAGUCGCUCACCCUGCGAAAGAAGUACCCCUCCCCGACCUCGCCCCCCCGCCGCCCAUUCUCAGACCUGGGCAGCUGGACCCUCCCCCUCUCGAGGGCCACGGAGAGUCCCUGGAUGAGCAGCGAGAAGAAGAUGAAGGAGCUGGUGAAGCAAUGCAGCUCUGAUGAUCUGUGGAUUGUAGAAGAGAAGAGACGCAAACAAAAGCUGGCAAGGGAGAUGCCAGUCAGCUUCAGCAGGCAAGGAGCAGAGCUGUCGGACGACCUGUGGAAAGCCCGGGUGAGACUUUCCCUCACUACAUCAGUGCCCUUUCCUCCUCUGCCCCUGAAGGCUCACAGUUUCUCCCAGAGCACCCCCAUUGGCCUGGACUGCCUGGGCUGGAGGCGACGGAUCUCUUACCCGGUGAUCACCGAUGGAGCCCAUGAUAAGACAGCGCUGAUGGACGAUGUUGGCAGUGAAGAGGAUCUGUACGAAGAUUUCCGCAGCUCCAAUCACCGCUUUGGGCACCCUGGAGGAGGAGGGGAGCAGCUGGCCAUAAACGAGUUAAUCAGUGAUGGCAGUACAGUGUAUGCAGAGGCCCUGUGGGACCACGUCACCAUGGAUGACCAGGAGCUGGGGUUUAAGGCAGGGGACGUCAUUGAAGUAGUGGAUGCUACCAACAAGGAGUGGUGGUGGGGAAGGAUCCUGGACAGCGAGGGCUGGUUCCCAGCCAGCUUUGUUCGGCUGCGUGUUAACCAGGAUGAACCUAUGGAGGAAUAUUUAGCCAAACUGGAGGAUGGAAAGGCAGAAGAUUCCAGCAGCUCAGUACGCCGACACGGACCUGGGUUUCCCAGCAAGGACCAGAUGAGGACCAAUGUCAUCAAUGAGAUCAUGAGCACGGAGAAGGACUACAUGAAACACUUGAAGGACAUCUGUGAGGGUUAUAUUAAACAGUGUCGGAAGCGAACAGACAUGUUUACAGAGGAGCAGCUGUGUAUCAUCUUCGGGAACAUCGAUGAAAUCUACAGGACUCAGAAGAAAUUCCUGAAAGGCUUGGAGAAGAGGUUUAACAAAGAGAACCCACACUUGAGUGAAAUCGGAUUCUGUUUCUUAGAGCAUCAAACAGAUUUCCAGAUCUACUCGGAAUAUUGUAACAACCACCCCAAUGCCUGUGUGGAGCUCUCCAAGCUCAUGAAGGUCAACAAGUACGUGUUCUUCUUCGAGGCGUGCCGGCUGCUUCAGAAGAUGAUUGAUAUCUCUCUGGACGGCUUCCUGCUCACUCCAGUGCAGAAGAUCUGCAAGUACCCACUGCAGCUGGCUGAGCUGCUCAAAUACACCAACCCCCAACACAGGGAUUACAAAGAUGUGGAGGCUGCCUUAAACGCCAUGAAGAAUGUCGCCAGGCUGAUUAACGAGAGAAAGCGACGCCUGGAGAACAUUGAUAAAAUUGCCCAAUGGCAAAGUUCAAUAGAGGACUGGGAGGGUGAAGACUUGUUAAGCAAAAGUUCAGAGCUGAUUUACUCUGGAGAAAUGGCCAAAAUCUCCCAGCCUCAAGCCAAGAGCCAGCAGCGCAUGUUCUUCUUGUUUGACCACCAGCUUGUCUUCUGCAAGAAGGACCUGCUGCGCCGGGACAUGCUUUACUACAAAGGCCGAAUAGACAUGGAUGACAUGGAAGUGCUGGACGUGGAUGACGGGAAGGACAAGGAUUUCAAUGUGAGUGUGAAGAACGCCUUCAAGCUGCGCAGCCUGCUCUGUGACGAGGUCCACCUGCUCUGUGCCAAGAAGCCGGAGCACAAGCAGCGCUGGCUCCGCGCCUUCGACGACGAGAGGAGACAAGUGCAGCACGACAGGGAGACAGGUUUUGCCAUAACGGAGGUCCAAAAGAAACAGGCCAUGCAGAAUGCAUGCAAGACCCACCCAGCAGGAAAGCCUAAAGCUGUCACCAGGCCUUACUACGACUUCCUUCUGCGCCAGAAGCACUCAACCCUGCCAGCCGCCCUCCCCCAGCAGCAGGUCUUCAUGCUGGCCGAGCCCAAGCGCAAGCCCUCCAACUUCUGGCAGAACAUUGGGAGACUGACACCCUUUAAGAAAUGAAAGGGAGGGAGCUCCGCACCUGUGCCUGUAUUGAAGCCCCACCGCUCCCCUUUUCAUUGUAUUGGUCCUCGACAAAGCACUUUAGAGGUUGGUUACAAUCAGACUGAGCACUUGCUCCCAGACAGUAUUCCUAUGAUGGAGGUCAUGUUACUACUACUACUACUACUACUACUACGUUCUAUUUAUUUUAAAAACCUUGACUGAAGAAAGAACUGGUUUUCAGUGUUUUUUUUUUGUUUGUUUUUUAAUGAAUGCCAACUGUUAGAAGUGCCAGGUAGCUUGUUGGCUGUGCAUAGCAUGUUAGCUCUGGAGAGAAAACAUCUCUGUGUAGUACGGAGACAUUGGUUUUUAUUUUGUAUUUCUUUGGAGAGAACACAGUCAACAUUUUCUUUGAACACAUUUUCUUUGUCAUUUCCUGAUAUUCUUACAUGCCUGGAUUUCUAAGAGUUCAUUACGGAAUUGUCUGUAGAUUAUUCUAUAGAUUGACAUCAUGGGCCCUUUCAUAAUAAAUGGAAGAAAAGAAGAAAAAAACAAAAACACCGAGAAGAAUUGCAUUUCAGAUAAUUGUGUUUCCUUUAUAUAUAGAUUGAAGGGAUUUACCAUACAAUAGGAGAUGAAAUGGAUCUUUCAAUGGUAAAGUACUGUAUAUUUAUAAAUUGAAUCUGCCAAUUUAAAAAAAAAAGAUUCCAAGAACAUAUUUAGGAAGUGAGAUAUUUUAUAGUUUAACAAAAGCAUGUGCCUAAACUGUAUUACAAAAAUACAGAAACUGUUUUGUUUUAUUUAACAUGCCACUUUGUUUCAACUAGGCCAGACUAGCUCAAGUAGUCACUCGUCAACUCUACAGCUAUUUGGAGUCCAUAUCUUCUUCUGAUUAUGAGUCUAUGCACUUCUCUGACCACCUCUUCUCAAUAUCAUUUUUGGGGGUUAUUUUUCAACAGAGGCAAAAGGACUAUAGGCUGCCUGAGGGUGUCAUUGUACAGUAUAUCUUUCAGUUUUGAUUAACAAGAAACAACUUCAGCAUAAAAACAUAUUUUAUAUGAAUUGUCUUGUUCAUUUAAAUGUAAAUGAUUUUUGCUUUAGUCUGAAGCCACAACACCAUAGAGCAGCCCGAUCCUCCCUUCUGGUCUGCACUAAGGGCAAUUGUUUUCUUUGAUUUCCUAAAGAUUAAACGUGUUAAAAGGUUUAAUCUUUAAUAAAUCUGAGUAGCCAAUCAGACUUUUUCAAUGACUGCAAGAUGUACUUGUGUAUAAGACUACAUGUCUACAGCAUUUCAUUAUAUAUGGAAAAGAAAUACUGAAUAUGAAAUUGAUUGGCCUACACUGUACACUAAGACGUUAUUUGGCCUGUAUAUUUUUUACAACAGUUGCGGAAAAAUUCUAAAUGUUUACUGUUGAAACUCUGAAUAUUUCUAGUCUGCAGCAAGAGUAUCUUUAUAUUUGAAGCUUUAAUUAAAGACAUGCUGUGAAAGGCUGAAAGGCACACACUAUCUGGAACAGAGAAAGCUAGAGGACUGUCAAACCUCUGUACCAACAUGGAGGUUGGAUGUUAAGAACAUAACAAAUGAUAAAACAAAGCAUGGAAUAUUAUACCAAAGCUAUUUAGGGGAGGCUAUAUGAUGGGAAGGUUGAGAUUAUUUCACAUUUCCAUACUGUAAAUUAGCUUUUAUAAUAGCAGCACUAUUGUUCCCUGCAGGAGUCUCACAGCUCAGGAUUGUGAAGCACCUGGUAAAUAUCAUGAAAUGCUUGUGUGAGAUGCUUUCCGUACAUAUAGCUGCAAACUGGGUUGGAGUGUCAAAGCAGAGACAAGGUGGUACAUGCAAUUGUGGAGCUGCAUUGAUUUACUGGACAUCGCAUUUAAAAACAGCGUUAAUAGGCCAUUCCAGGCUGCAAGGAAAAGAAGCUCCAGCUACAGUCUGGCCUCCUGAUAAGCAUAUAUACUGUAUAAUAAAUCCCUUUUGGUGAGUAAUGCACCUUAAGGGUUUUACAUCCUGUUACUGCAGCAAACCUUAAAAAUAGCCUGAAUCCGCUUUUACUUAAAAAUAUUUGCACAGCUGUAUAACGCCAGCUAAAUACAAAAUCCUUACUGAUUAAUCCUUUAUUCACAGCAAGAUCUACAAGUUUUUAAAUGUACUGUACUGCCCUCUACCGGAAUAAAACAUCCACUCCAUUAAUUUUGAGUUCAGAGCAUAUAAGAAUGGGAUUUAUACUAAACUGCUACAGUGCAUGUGCCAAAAUAUGCUGGAUUUCUAGCAGUACUGGAGAUAAAAUUAAUUUGUUCAUGUGGGCUGUUCCAUUCUUACAGUGACUCUUGAUCCAAACAUGUUGUUUGCAGUUCUGAGUAAUCUGCAGAGAUAUUCCAUUUUUUAUUGAUAUAAUAACACUAAGAGUCUCUCUAUCCACACAAGGACCAGGAUUUGGGUCAGUUUGUAACAGUAGUAUCAGUAAUCCUAGUCAGUUGAGCUUUUUUUUGCUAAACUGCAGUAGAGCUCAAAGAAUGUGACAGGUCCACUGAACAUCAAAAUUACAAAUGUAUACACCAGUAGAACAGUAUCUAAAAAUCAACACAUUUGAAAUGGACAACUUCAACUCAAGUACUAGGGCACGAAUUGGGUAAUCAGCCAAGCCUGUAGAAAGUCAAGGCGAUUACGACACUGUACCUAACGGGUGGUAUACUGUAUUUGGUGCCAAAGAAGGUAACAAUGUAUAUGCAGAUGUUUAUACACACAUACUGUGCUGCAUAUACAUAAUUACAAAGCAAGAUAUUAUUGGGGGAAUACAUUAGUAUAAAACUAAGCUUAAAAGAGGAUAACAAUAUUCCAAAAUCCCGCCAAACUCCAAAUUCAGAAAAUAUGUGUGUGUAAUAUUUGUCCUGUGUUACCAGUAACAGCCAGUUAAAUUCCAUUAGCAUACAGUAUAUGAUCUUGUCUUACAGAUGGCUUGUCAUUUUUCUGAAUGCCACAUUUUGUUACUGUGCCAUUCAGUAAAGCAAGACCAUGUUAGAUGACCAGGGCUGGGACGAUGGUGUCAAUUCUAUGCAACAGGAACCCUGAAAAUUGCCAUGUUGUCGCCUUAAGAUGGCACUAAAAAUGGAAUGACUCACAUGUAAAGUCAUUUUCAAAUGUGUUGUUUGCUGGUAAUAUAACAUUACUAAAGUUCACACAAGUUAUUCUCAAAAAUAUAAUGUUCUGAAUUCUGAAACUUGGUUCAUUUCAUAUAGAUGGUUUCCUGCAUACAAUGUUCAGUAACCUUUCUGUUUUUAUGACUAUAUGCAAAAAGGAACCAAUUGUACAAAUAUAAUUUCUCAACUGUCCAAAUAUUAAUCUGUGAGACAUGCCAAGCUGCCUGAAGCAAAUGUUAUCAUCAAACUGGUUAGUAACUGAGCCUAGUCUUAGUUUUGUAUCUGGUGGUCAAUAGCCCCCUAGAGAGUAAUAUAUCGUGACUAAGAUAAUGGCCAUUAUUUGUGGAAAAGACAUUAUAAUAAAACACUUUGGAAUGCUGCAGUAAUUCAACAGGGAACCUGCAUAAUUUAAGCAUGAAAGCAUUUGAACUUAAUCUGGGCUUGAAUUAUGUAAGAAAUAAUAGCUCUGCUGAAGAUAUAGCAUUGCAGCCCUAUAGUUCCAUUACCGUGUCUAUAGACAAUGACAUGCCUAUAGCAUUGCUGUAAUUUUGAUUGUGUUCAGGCCUUACAAUAUUCACAAAAGGUGUGUGAAAAUGCUAGACUUAUUACUUGGUGGUAAUAUCUCAUAUAAACAAGUAAAAACAUUAAAAUGCAAUUGAUUUGCCUACUUAUACUUUCUCAUGUAACAUAUUCAGGAAUUAUGCACUCAAACCAUGAAACAAGUAAUGUUACUAAUGCAUUUUGCAUAAACGAUUUAGAAAACUAAGAUCCAGACAUGUAAUAUUUCUGUAUAUAUAUAUAUUUUUUUUCUGAAACAGUUUAGCUCUAAUUUUGUGGGAGAAUGCCAGUGACAAUGCUUCCUGCACUGUUUUAUAUUUCAGCGUGAGCUAGGCACUUGUGAUAUGUAAGUGUAGUUUGUUUAAAAACAAUAAUUCUACAGAUUUCAGUGUUUGUAUAUGAUAUAUUUGUAUGUGAUGGUUGUUUACAUACUGUAUGCACUCAAACCAUGGGAAAUAAAACAGUUUCAAUGGAUUUCA